CUGAAAAGCACCUAACGUAACCUAACCUAACCUUUUGUCUGUACUCUGUUGCAUGAUUUAGCUUAAAGGAUGGCUCCAAGAUACGAAUUAGCAGUUGGUCUCAACAAAGGCCAUAAGACAACAAAAAUUCGUGUGGCUAAAAAUAAAUCAGAAAAGGAAAAGACAGUCUGUCUUCGGCCGUCAAGACUCAAAGGAAAACAAACUAAACACAGCAAAUUUGUGAGAGAUUUAAUUCGCGAGGUAACAGGACAUGCUCCUUACGAAAAACGUGCAAUGGAAUUACUAAAAGUCUCCAAAGACAAACGUGCUUUGAAAUUUUUGAAGAGACGACUGGGUACACAUAUUCGCGCAAAAAGGAAGCGAGAAGAACUAGGCAAUAUCUUGGUACAGAUGAGAAAAGCAGCGGCUCACCAUUAGAUGUUUUAUUUAUAAAACACUACAUUUAUUUAUAAAUAAAUAUUGCGUAAAAUAUAAUUCUCACAAUAAAUUCCCAUUUUUUGACA